AUGGGCGGCCCGGUCGAGAACCUCCUGCGCGCCGCGGGCUGCCCGCUCUACGCCGUCCCAAAGGCCCUGGGCUUCGACGUCGAGGCGCAGCGGAGCGCGGCGCAGGUGGAGGCGGACAACGCGCGCGGGUGCGUGGCGCCGUGCUGGGACGAGACGGACAACGGCAUCCCCGACGUCUGCCUCGAGCGCAAGUGGUGCCCCUUCAACCCGGACAACCCCGUCACGAACGACAACUUCGUGUGCCUCGUCUUCGGCAACAUCGGCUUCCCCUACUUCGACCGGCGGCGCAAGGUCUACAUGGGCGUCGCCAUGUGGUCGACGCUGCUCGCCAUGUUCGUCACGGCGUUCGGCGCGCUGUCGCUGUCGACGGACCCGGACGUC